GUCAAUACGGAUCACCCCCACUGGUCCACCUAAAAGCGUUUAAUAAUUGAUUCCACUGAGAGAUCAUCUGAAAAGUGAGAACGUGACACACAUUGUAACUAGUGCCCACGUAUAUUAAUCCAUUCUGCCUACCUAUCGGACAGAGCGAGAAACACAGCCGCUGGCACAGGGAGAUGGGGACCAGUGCGGUCGGAAUCACGUUCAACGUCAAUGGCAGGUCAUACACAGGUAAAUUAAUGUAUCUAAUACUACUGUUGAUAUCUAUGCAUGAGCGAAUGCAUCUGCUUUUUUUUUUUUUAACAUGAUAUAGUUUUUGUCAUGUAAGGGUGGAAAUAUAUUAAUAGAACAUCCGGGUGUUCAGUCUGGCCAAUAUUAAUGAAACAUCCGGGUAUUCCGCUUGGCCAAUCUGUCAACAGCUGUUCAGUACUUCUACGUUAAUGUGAGCCAGCAUAGGUGGGUCUUAACCUAGACAAAAACAUGUUAACAACUUUAUUUUAUUAAUUUUAAGCAGGAUUUUACUGAUAUAUAUAUAUAUAUAUUUAUUUAUUUAUAUAUAUCUGGCGGAAAUAUACUGUUAGGGGCUAUGUUUUACAAAAACAUUGUUUCAAAUUAUACAUUGUAACAUUGCGUAGUGCGAUGUGGCGUUUUCCAGUAAUAGAAAUGACAAACCCUAUUCCAGUCCACAGUCUGCCGUGUGCCCUUUAACGCAAUUCAAUAGAAAACAAGGACGGCACACGAAAUACACGAAUGUCGGUGGAGUGUCAAUUUUCCCAACGCCCUUAUCCGAAACGCCGGUUGACCGAACUGCUAGUGUCUUUUUAACAUUUUAGAAACAUUAUUAUUACUACUUGAGUAAACUCACCAAACUAUGGCGGCGGUGAUGCGCGAACUUCCCCUCUACUAAAGUUACUUGACAAUAAAGGGACGCAAGUGACGCUCUUUAGAAGAAUCCCUAUCUGUGCUUACUUGCGGGAAUUUAAUUUCACGCGUCUGUUGAACACGGCGUUUCAGCCAUAGGUACGCACAUACUUAGAGAAUUGUUAUUUGUGAUUAUCAUUUUGUUUUUAAAAAAAGUGCAUGGAAUGAGGCUUCAGGUUACUGAAGAUGGUUCAUUAUAGGACAUUAGGGACUACAGAUUUAUCGUAAGAUGGGCAUAGAGGAUUACAGAUUUAUAUUAAGAUGGACAUAGAAGUAGAAGGCUACAGAUUUAUAGUAAGAUGGACAUAUGAGACAACAUAUUUAUAUUUAGAUGGACAUAGGAGACUACAGAUUUAUAGUAAGAUGGACAUAGGAGACAACAGAUAAAUAUUAAAACUUUUUUUCUGUUUUGAUUUAUAUAGAUGUUUUUUUUUUUAAAAAAGCUUAAUUUUCCGCUUAUUGAAUGUUUAUCCUGUUCAGCCCGCAAUCUUACAUGUGAUUUGAUAAUAGGCCCGCCAAGCGAUUGAGUUUGACAUCCCUGUUCUAAGCAAACGCUGCGCCUGACCGGGCACAUUCCGAAUUAAGACGACCUCUUACCAAAUAAGUAUAUUUAUUAACUACACACAUUUACACGUAAACUUACAGUUUUGGCAGCACCUGAAGGCAGCUCCCCGGGGACGGUGCCCCCUUCCUACGGCACUGACUGCAUGAGGGUCUUCGGGUGAUUAGGCGAAAAUAACUCAAAUAAUUUCCAAUCCAUUUUUUUUUAGUUGGGGAGGAAUACUCAAGGGCGACGCCCCUGCUUGAGUUUCUACGGAUCGAAGGCAUCUCCACGGGGACCAAGAAAUGCUGCAACGAAGGGGGGUGCGGGGUCUGUGGGGUGACCGCCACACUUCUGGAUCCCCUCACAGGACAGAUACGUGCAUACAGCAUCAUGUCAGUAAGUUGAUGGUUGUCGUAUUGGGGAACAUGAUCUACACGCUUUCUUGUUUGAUAGAACUUUAGUGUGAGGAGGGUUUGUCGUUUUUUUUUGUUGGUGGGUGUUUGUGUGUGGGGUGGGGGGUGUUUACUCCAAAUUACAGAAUUUAAACCAACAUAUAAUACCAGGGACGUCAUUUAGGUAGGGCAUUCCCCCCCCUCCCCCCCCAUUUUGUGAGUUUUAUUUAAAUUGCUAUGUACUGUGGUGCUUCCAAUUCCAGUAAAAAACAACUUAACUUUAACAAGCUGACCAAGUUUUGGUUUUGCCACCCCCCUGAAAAAACUGAAAUGACGCCCCUGGGGGCUGGCAUUGGAUUAUGACGACAGUAAAUGUCAUCAUAGAAAUAUUUACAGCAGAAGUAAUAUUUUUGUCAAUACUAUGGUUGAUAGUGUUUUCGCUUUAUUACCUUCAAUUCAAGUAAUUUACCCUUCAUACAAAUAAUUUACCAUUCAUUUAAGGAAUUUACCCUUUAUAGGUUAAUUUUUCACUUGAUACAAAACAUUUACCUUUCUUACAAUUAAUGAUCCUUUAACCUUCAUGCAAUUCAUUUCAUACAAGCAUGAUGAUGAUAAAUAAGUAGGCUACUUUAUAAUGUAGCGCAUGUAUUCGUGCUAUUUUAGCAUGCUCAAAGAGCUCCAAUGUCUUAAAAUCUACUCAACUAAAAAAGUCUUUAAAUUUAAAUGGUUCUUAAAUGAUUUUUUUUUAUCAUUUUCAAUUUCCGGCAAAGUUUAAGGUGAACUAUUCAGUGACAAUUUAGGCGCAACAGCUUCAAAUAGGCCCUACAUUUACCAUUCAUAUAAAUUUCAUGCUUGUGAGCUCAUUUGAUCUCAUCAUCAAAACUAAAAUUUUCUUUUGUCUUUAAGUUUACUUAUCAAUUAAAUUUUAUCGUAGAGUCAAAUUAAAAUCUCCCGUUAAAAAUAAAUCUUUAAUUUAACUUGACAAGACCUACGUUUAAGUUUAAGUCAAGUCUAAGUAGUAAGUAGGCCUUCUCUCAGUCCAUCUUUCUGUUGGCUUAGAGUUAGACUUCUUUGAAGCGAACAACAAUCGAAAUUUCUACCAGAAUGGCAGCUGUGCCUAGAAAACAACUUAGUUUGAGGGGCAUUUUAAACUUUCAAAAUCGGACGGAUUUUGCGUUUUUCAUGUUAUAGUCCAGUCAAUUUUUAAAUAAAAAGUCGGACACACAACAAUCAACUACAAAAAAUAAAAGAAACAAACUAAAAUAAAUAGCAACUGCGUUUAAAUGCCAGGAGAGACUUUACAAAUCGUGCUCUCAUUGUUUACCCUUUUGUCCAGUGCUGCAUGCUCCUGUACUCAUGCAAUGGAAUGGACAUUACCACAGUGGAGGGACUCGGCAACACCAGGGACGGUCUCCACCCCAUUCAGGAAAGGAUGGCCGUCUAUGACGGCGCUCAGUGUGGCUACUGCACCCCCGGCCAGGUGAUGAACAUGUAUGGGUGAGUAAAAGUUAGUUUUAUGUUAUUCGAAGCUCGUCUAAACAAGUGUAUAUUAUAUCGCACGUUUCUCAGGAGUUUUAGCUAUGAUUAAUUAAAACUUCAGUCUUUUCCCAGAUUUAAACUUUUCACCCAAUGUUAGACUCCCCUCCCCCUCUUUUUAGAUCAGAUGAAGCUUUUCCCCCCAGAUGUAGCCUUUUCCCCCAAGAAUUAGUCUUUUCUCCCAAGAUUUAGUCAUUUCCCACGAGAUUAAGUCUUUCGCCCCUGAUUUAGACUUUUAGUAUACCCCACCCCCACACCCCCUGGAGAUUUAGUUUUCACAUAUUUACUUUACUAAUUUAGAUUGUUAUCAGUAGAAAAGACAUUAUCCAGAGUCUAUGAAAAGAUUUUUUUUUGUUGGUAUAAUUGUCUAUUAAUAUCGAGCAAUGUAUAAACUGACAUACUUCAGAGCAAAAUCAGUUAGUUCACUGCUGAAUAUUUAUUUAGCAUCUAGGAAAAUGAAUAUUGACUUUCUUUUUAAGUUUGCCGUAACAAAUUGUCUUUGAUGGAGAAAUUCAUUAUCAAAACACUAAUUAUUUCACAUUUCCCUUAGAUUAUUCAUUAUCAAAUUAGCUGAAAAAUAUUUGGAAAAUGGUACCCAGAUAAUUUUAGAUAUAAUAAACAGCAAUAAAACACAACAAAAAAACAAUCAACUUCAUUUACAUUUAUCCAACUCUGCUACACACAUAUUUUAAUCAUGAAUUUCCCCCAGUUUGCUGAGGAAUAAUUCCAAGCCCACCAUGAAUGAUGUGGAAGAUGAGCUUGAUAGCACAAUAUGUAGAUGUACAGGUGAGAAAAUUUAUAUCUACACGUGAGAGAAAUUGCAAGAAGUACAGGUGUGAAUUAGACGCAUAGGUGAGACAAAAUUUACAAGUGAUUCUACUGUUGCAUGCUGUACUGGUGAGUACAAGUGACAGUCUAAUUAUGUUUUUAAUUUUUCUUCUCAGUGGCUGACUAAAAGAGAUGGCUUGUAUUUUUUAAGCUGUCCAAUGUUUAAAUACUUGUAGUUAAACAUUUUUUUCUCUACUUAAACACAUACGAAAUGUUAAAUAGGAUUUUGGGGGGCGGAAAUGAUGAUUUUUUUGUAUAUCCCACAGGAUACAGACCAAUCCUAGAUGCAAUGAAAUCAUUUGCUGUUGAUGCCCAUGACUCACUAAAGGGAGGUGUCAUAGACAUAGAGGUAAAGAUAUUUUAAAAAGUAGCUCCAAAGUCCAAAGACCUUACUUGAGCUCAUUCAGUUCAUUUUAUUGGGCAUAAAAAUGCAGAGUUUUUUGUAGAACUUGGCUCAGAGAGCAUUAUUUGUGUCUUUGAACAAUUAUCUUGUUGAAGCUACUCACUCAGUGACACCCUCAUGGUAUCACUCAUAUGUUAAUAGCUCAACUCAUUAUGAAAAGUGAUAAUCUCCACCUAGUUUGACUGCUUAUAAAGUUGUUUUUCUCCCUGAAUGUUUUGAAAUGUCUGAUCUAUGUUAUAAAAAAUAUGCCAGUAGCGGAAUAGAAAAAAAAAGAAAGAUUAUUUGAAAAAAUGGGCUCUUGAAUGCUGGUAGUUUGGUCACAAUUAUUAUUUAUUUGGUCAUGUUUCUACAUCAAAUUUAUUUUUGUUUGUCAAGGAGCUUGAUGGCAAAAUUUGUAAAAAGACUGCCCAGGCCUGCAGUGGGAAUUGCCAGAGAAGCAUCACAAGACCAGCAAAUCACAGAGGAGGGAACUCAGUAUGGCUUGUUCCCGAUAGUCAAUCAGAAUUAUUGACCAUGCUGAAGCAGAAAAGCAAAAAUAAAUACAAACUGGUGUUUGGAAACACAGGAUUUGGUGAGUCCAGAUUGGUGAGCUGUAGUGUUCUACGUAAAUUGACAUCUAUUUAGGACCGUCAUGUGACAGAUAAAGGAAACCUAUGGGUUUAGGCUACCCCUGCAUUCCAAAAACAUCAAAAACCUACUCACACUGCACACGCAUGCAUGUUUUGUAUGCCUCCCCCCCUUUUUGGCAAGGGCUCUGCAGCUAAUAUUCAAAUUAUUCAUCAAGUCCUUGUCUGCACAAAUACCAUGCCAAUAGCCUGUCAUUAAAAUUAUUUCAUUGCUAAAGACUAAAGGGCAUUAUUUAAUUGAUAAAAUGCAUCUUUGACUGCUAAUAUUUAAAUUAGCAAUUAGAGGGUUUAUACUGUAGAGAUAAAAUAGUGUAUAUUUAUUAUUCUGUGCAUACAAUACCACUAAAAAAUUAAGAUGAAAAUUAAUUGAAGACAAAACAAGGCUUUUCAUUCUCUCCUGGCCCCUUACAACAGGCACUUCCUAACUUAGUGAUCAAAGUGAUUGCCCCCUCCCCCUUAGGCUUCAUUUAAUUUAUCCUGUGCUGUAAUGUUUGUCUUAUUGUCAUUUCACUGAAACAGGAGUGUACAAACAUAUUGAUUCCUGGAACUACAAUGUUCUGAUUGACCUGAGGAAGGUCAAGGACUUUUACACUGUUGAUGUAAGACAAUCAUCCUAUGACCCAAAUCUUUUUGGCACAACAUUUUUAAAAGAUGUCACCAUAUGACAUGCAAAAUAAAUUACUUUAAGAAUUUCACCAUUUACUUACUUCUGUUAAGGUUAGUACCAGGUCUCAUCUCACCACAGACCAGAUAAUUUGAUAAACAAAGAGUGAUCCAUAAGAUGUGAUAGGUUUUGUGCAAUAUUUUACACAAAAAAUUGUUGAAAGGAAAACAAAUGUCUAACAUGUCAGGAUCUAUUUUCAUCAGCUAAAAGGUGACCGUGUCAUUAAACUGGGUGCAAACCUCACACUGACCAAUUUGAAGGAACUCUUUAACAAGAACACAGACAAGAGCCUGCCUUAUGCUUCAGAAUUUGGCAAGCACCUGAAACGCACAGCAUCUAGUGGCAUCAGGAAUGUAAGGGCUUAGAAAUGUGUGUAUUUACAAAGGCUUGUGUUAAACAAAUUUUAAAUGCAUUUAAAGUUUAACUAUCUCAUUUAUAAAACCUAAAGGAAAAAGAAAAGAAUGCUUCCAAAAGAUUUUGAAAUAUAAACAGUUUAUCUAAUGAUAUAACAUACAUGACAAAAAGAUUUUGAAAUAUAAACAGUUGCAUGAAGAGCGUAUUGGAAAUGUAAAAUGUGGAUGCACGACACAAAACAAAUAUGGAAAAUAAUUUUAAAAGCAAACUAAUGAUAUAACAUACAUGACAAAGUAAAGCAAAUUUCAUAAAGCAAAUACAGACUAUGUGGCUGGUACAUUCAAUGCUAAUAAUUUUUUCUCCUUGUGUCAAAUUAGAAUGUGAAUUUAUUCUUAAAGCACAACUAUUUUAGCAACUUCUGCUAUAAAUUGAAUACUGUAUACUUGAUAGAUCAGAUUUUUACGAAGGCUUAAAAUAAAAACAUGGGUAAAUGUCGACUUUCUCUUGUUCUCGCAAUUCAGCUGGGCAGCUGGGCUGGCAACCUCAUGGUUAAACACGCAAAGCCAGAUUUCAUCUCAGACAUCUUCACCAUGUUUGAAACAGUUGGAGCCAAAAUCUCGAUCGGUAACAUAAAUUCAUGAAACUGUUCCAGCAUCCACAAGUUAAUAGCCAAAAACAAACUGUUGAUUCCAUCUUAAGGAUUUCCUACCUACCAUAAACUAGCCACAAUAAAAGUUUUUUUUUUUUAAAAAUCCAAUUAAAAUUUAAUAUUUUACAAAUAAUCUAGUUAACAUUUCAAUCUUAAAUAAAAAAAAAAUUAAUUAAAAUUUCAACCAUUUAUAAAAAAUCUGUUUAAAAUUCUGACCUUUUCCAAAAAAAUCUAGUUAAAAUUUCAACCUUUUACAAAAAAUAUUUUCAGCACAUCCCUAUUGUUUACUUGAUUAAAUAAAAAUUGCAAACACUUUCGCCAGAUUUUUUUAUUAGCUUAUUUUUGUUAAUGCGAUAAUAAUAAUAAUAAUAAUAAUCAUGAUAGAUGAUAACUUUAAAUUAAUUUUUUUUUAUACAGACAUUGAACUAAAGGGUUUAUUUAUUUAGACUCUGAAAGAAAUUGGGAAAAAAAAUGUUUGUAUCAUGGAAUUCUUUGCAUUCUGUUUUUCAAAACCAACAAUUCACUGAAAUGAAUGUUCAUUUAUUUUGUAUUGUGAGAUUAAUAAAAAAAUUGUCUUGCCUUUUGUUUUCAUUUUUGCCAGCCGAUGGUGAUGGCAACGUCAAGGACUACACACUGACCCAGUUCCUGGCCCUUGGCAUGCACGGUAAAGUUAUUGUGUCUGCACAGCUUCCAAAAUACAAGACAGGCCAUGUGGUCGUUCGGACACUGAGAACAUCUCACAGGCUGCAGGUUUGAUUGCAGUCCAGACGAUAAGAUUCACUUUAAUCCACACAUUUUUCAAAUUGUAUUUUAAUGAGCUUACUCUAGAAAUAACUGCCUUGUAGCCCUUUAAUAUUUAACGUGCACAAAUCCAGGCUUUAUAAAUGUUGAGCGCAGCUAAAUGUGGUAAUUGGUAUAGAUUUUAAUUAUCGUCACUUCCGUUGUGGUCAUCCAGGUCUGCGAAGCUCACAUGGCUUGCGGAUACAACUUUCAUCUGGAGUCUGACUCUCUAUACACAGUCAGGUCAAGGCCAUCUAUUGUAAUACAAGGAAUCAGCAAAAAUUUGGUAAAGUUUCUUAAUUUAAAACAAAAAUAAUUUUAGAUUUUACCUAUUGUUUAAAUUUUUACAUUUUUAAAAUAAAACUGUGAAUUAUUGGAAAAUGGAUUUAUAUUAAAGUAAAAGAUGCUUUCUAAGAAUAUAAAAUUUGUGAACAAAAUACUUAAACAAUUAAAAUUCACCAUUUUUUUAUCUAUCAGAUGCAUGCCACCAGGACAGAAGAGUUCCUUACCAACAAAAAUAUUUCAGAUUCCAGUGUCCUGAAAGGCAAGUCUCUUGUCAUUAUGUCUUACAUGUAAUUAUCAAAUUAUGAAAUGAAACUGUGAAAUCUGAUGCUGGGUGGCCGAGCCAUCUAAUCUGGGUCAAUUACAAACUUGUAGACUGGAGAUUAAUCCGCAAAAGUUUAGCCAAGCAAAAACAAUACCAAAGCCCCAGGUGGAUUGGACUCAUUAACCUUGGAUGGCAACUCAUUAACCUUGGAUGGCAACUCAUUAACCUUGGAUGGCAACUCAUCUAAGAGAAGGCAAAGUCUCAAAUAAAACCUGGAGGAGGAGUCUCACUGUCUGUAUGACAUUGACACAAUGAAAAUUCUGACAACUUCUGCAGCAUGAAACACACAGUGUGAUAUAAGAAGCAUUGCUGGUCAUCUACUGCAUCCUGGUCUAUUUCCAGCCUUCUUGACUGACUAACGCACAUAUUCCGGAGAAGGUGUGCCAAAUGGAGCAACUCUCCCUCACUUUAAACAAAAUACAGCUCAAGUCAAUGCUACUAUUCAAGUAGAAUCUUGCCUUUGUCAUCUUUGUAUGCAAAGGACAAACAAUAAAUAACAAUGAAAUAAAGCAUUGAUUUUUUAUAUUUUAAAAAUCAUAAUUAUUAUUUGAACAAACAAAAAAUAUAUAAACAUUGACUUUGGCAUAGAAAAAUGUUCUGGUAACGAAUAAUCAGUAGGCCCAAUACUUUUGCUGUCAUCUCUUUGCUUCCUCCAAUCUAAUAGUCCAUCAGCGUUAUAUUUGUGUUUGACGGCACCAAGAACCAUAAUUUUAGAUUUUAUUUCAGCUGCUGGAAGCUACAAAUAAAAAAAUUAAUGGAAGAAUUUAACUUUGAUUGAUAUUCAGAGGCAAUGAAAAUUCUGUCUGAAGAACUGAUGCCUGAAACCAAUGGUCCACUUCUUGCCAGCUCAGCGUACCGCAAAUCUCUGGCCCUGGGUCAGUUCUACAAGGUGAGUUCAGCUUAGAUGUUGAGAAAAAUAUUCUGCAAACAAUAUUCUGUUAUAAACUAUUUUUUUAGAAAAUGUAUCCUUUAUAUUUUCCAACAUUUUUCUUAAUUUAAAAAAAACAACAUUAAAAUGGGUUACUAGCUAACUUAUGGAUGAAUCCUAAGAACCACAUAAUUAGAAUCAUUUAUGGUGUUUUAAGGGAACGUACAGGCAUUUGAAUGUCACCUUUUCCUAUUGCCAGUUUGUUCUUGGAGUCUGCAAGGGUCAGGUCACUUCCAGGUAUGUCAGUGGAGGUGUGGACCUACCAAGGCCUAUCAUGACAGGUACCAGGGACUAUGGUCAACUGGAUGAUUCCGUCUCCCCAGCCAACCGACCCAUGAUGAAGGUCACAGCCAGGAAUUUGGUACAACUACAGCUAUUUAUAAAACUGAAUUUUCACAGCUGGGGCUUUAAAAAAUGCUAAUGAAAAUUUACCCUUUGAAUCGUCCCAAUGAUCGGACAUUAAGUUUUCACACACACAAACAAUUUAUAAUCUUUAACACAAAAGAUACAAUUUCUUCUAGACAUCAGGAGAGGUCAAGUUCCUUGAUGACCAGCCAGUAGUCCUGGACCAGCUAUUUGCAGCUGCUGUCUUAAGUCAACAAGGAAAUGCCAAACUGAAAAACAUUGACCCCUCCCAGGCUCUGGUUAGUUUUAAAAAAAAAAAAUGAAUUCAGAGUGAACAACAUCGACAGGUAACCCUAAUUCACCUGUUUUGUUUUAAUAAUAUUGGAUUAAAAAAAUAUUUACAAAUUCAUGUCUUAGAAAGUCUGUCUUUGCCGUUAACGUUAUUUAAACUGAAAACUAGGAACUUGCUGUGUUUCUUAAGUUUUGCUGUUGUCCGUCAGAAAAUGCCUGGUGUCGUCAAGUUUAUUCAAGCCUCAGACAUCCCUGGUGAAAAUAACUGGAGGCCCAAAAGCUGGUACGGGAGUGGGGUGUCAGAGGUAAGAAAUCUACAAUGGGGUGUUGGAGGUAAGGAGCGCACAAUGGGAUGUCAGAAGUAAUAAAUGUGCAAUGGGGUUUUAGAGGUAAGGAGUUUACUAUUGUGUGUCAGAGGUAAGAAAUGCACAAUGAUGUGUCAGACACCACAUGUGUCUCUUAACAUUCGGGGCUUGGUCUCAGUGAAGUUCUAGUUUCAGCUGGUGAUUUUAGUUUUAAACAAAUAAAAUUUAAUCCAAACAUCGGCAUAGCAUGGGUUAAUAAUGUGAAUGAAAAUAGGUAGUAUUGUUGAAGCUUGUAUAAUUAAAGUGAUUUCCAAACAUUGGCAUAGCAUGGGUUAAUAAUUUGAAUGAAAAUAGGUAGUAUUGUUGAAGUGUGUAUAUUUUAAGUGAUUUUGUUCCCACCUCCAGUUGCUCAGUUCAGGCAAGGUGGACUACGCAGGUCAGCCAAUAGGGAUCAUUGUUGCGGGUGAGUAGCGGUCGCAUGCUUCACAUAUCAUUUUCAAAGCAGAAGUUUUUAAGGUGAUGUUGUGCAGUAAUUUCACUGAACAAAUAAUAAAUUACGAUUGACUCCACACAGGUUUAUAACUUAACAAAUAAGUUUCAGACUUUGCAAUAAACUUGGGUUAGUUGUAAUGAGAUUGUCACUUGUCACCAUAUCCAGGCCUGGGCUUUGCAAAGUGCUCAAACAACUGAGAGUCCACUGCUAAAAAGUGUACUAAGAUACCUCCUUAAAGCGCUCACAUUAAAUAAGAAUGGCCCAUGAAUCAUGAUGAAUGAGACAAAAAUCAUAAAUAGUUUAUUUUAAAUUGUGAUAUUUUUUUAAAACUGUUUUCAUGGAGUCUUUAUAAACACUUCACACAUUUAUUCCAAAAAUUAUUUUUUGGCAUGGUACUCUGACAUUCAUCACAACAUAAAUUAAAAUGUCCAUGUUCCAGUUGGGAAUAUGUUAUAACAUUAUUAAUGUAAUCAUGUCCUGUAAUUUUCUCUAUUACUAUAUGAUAAUGUCAUAAUUUUCGUCACGAUUUUCUGCUAUCGUUCGUCUGUCGCCAGAGGAUGAGGGGACUGCCCUGAAAGCUGCCCAGACUGUGGAAGUCACUUACACAGACGCCAGACCUGUCAUCGUUGAUGUCUUGGAUGCCAUCAAAGAAAAAUCAUUCUUCCCAAAGCUCGGGCCUUUUACUAAAGGAGACGCUGGAAGUGAGUCCAUUUAAAAUGUUUCCUUGCAUGUUGGACUCUGUCGAUCCUCAACAAAUAUUUAUUUUAAAAAUUAUCUUUGUUUCUUACGCAAUUGUUUUUUUUUUUUUUUUUUUUUUUUUUUUUUUUUUUUUUUUUUUUUUUUUUUUUUUUUUUUUUUCAUUCUACACACCAUGCGAUUUAAAAACUUUUUGCAUGGUUCUCAUGUUACACAGCAGAUUGUAACUGUAAUUUUACUUAACUGCCUCAAUAGGGAGGAGCUCCAGUUUUCUUUAGUUGUCCUUCAUUAAAAAAAAACAUAUUCAAAAUAAUCUUUUUUUCCCCUUUAUUUCUAUUUUUCCAAUAAUAGACUUAAUUAAUUAACAAGAAAACACUUAAAAUGAAAAGUAUUCCAAGAAUGUCCAAAUUGAAUUCUAAAUGUAUGUAAAAUUUUGGCCCAUCAAAAAGCUGCUAUGGCAAGUGCUCCGCACAGGGUCAAAGGGAACGCCCGCAGUGGAGAACAGUAUCAUUUUCAUCUAGAGAACCAGACGGCCAUCUGCUGCCCGUCUGAUGUUGGUGGUAUGGAUGUCCAGGCGACGUCACAGUGGAUUGACGUGACACAGGAGACAGUGGCACAGGUCCUGGGGAUGAAUGUCUCAAGGUAAUUUGCUUUGUGUUAGUAGUAGGAUGGCUGGUACCCUGUUUGUACUCAUGUGUAUAUCUUCAUGACCGGUACAUCAUCUGUCAUCUAGUGUACAUCUCUGUGACUGGUACAUUGUACUCAAGUGCAGAUCUUUAUGACUGGUACAUCAUUCGCAAUCAAGUGUACAUCUUCUUGAGAAUUACACGGUUUGUACUCAAGUCUAGGUCAUUAUGACUGGUACAUCAUUUGUAAUCAAGUGUACGUCUUCAUGAGAGGUACACAGUUUUUACUCAAGUCUAGAUCUUUAUGACUGGUGAAUCCUUAAUACUCAAGUGUACAUCUUCACGACUGUUACAUCGUAAAUACUCGAGUGUGCAUCUUCAAGAGUGGUACGUGCUUAAUACUCAAGUCUAUCUUCAUGGGAAUUAUAAAGUUAAGGCAUGGAAAAUCUUAAGACAUAGUAAUAACAAGACAUGGGAAAUCUUAAGACAUAGUAAUAACAAGACAUGGGAAAUCUUAAGACAUAGUAAUAAUAAGACAUGGGAAAUCUUAAGACAUAGAGCACAAGUUGUUUCAAAGCUUUCCCAUGUCUUGGACUUAAUGCUCCCUUCACACAGCUUGAAGACAGGCUCCACGAUAUUAUCCUGUACAUCUUCAUGUCUUGUGCAUGAUAUGAGACCUGAAGCUACUCUUUUAAAUGUUUAGUUUUUUUUAUUGAUAACAACAAACAGAUGCUGCUAAGCAUCUUUCGAAUACUUGAGAUUAAAAAAGAAAAAAAUCCUCUUGUAGUAUUAAAACAGAAAAAAAUGUAACACACAUUCGAAUCUGUUGACAAAACUUUGUAUUAGCCUAUUUAAAAAUUAUUUUAGCCAUUGUACAUUUGUCUUCCCGGUCAGUGUGAAUGUGGAGACUCAGAGACUCGGUGGAGCUUUUGGUGGGAAAAUCUUCUACAACGCUCCAGUGGCUGGCAUGUGUGCUGUGGCCGCUCACAAUUUGAGAAGGUAAGGAUCACCCGGGUAUGUGUUAACCCGGGAGCAUAAUUCAACAUUCUGUUGGGGAAUGUUUUAAAAUUGAAAUGCUUUUGGGAUAAAUGUUAACCUGGCAGAUUUUCAUGGCAAGAGAAUUAUAAACACUAAUGUAGCAUAAGAUAAAAUUUAUUAUGAAAAAAACCCAACUAUACAAAACAAUGUAAAAGAAACAACAACUCUAAACACAAAUAUUCACCAUUAUGUGUUUUGUGUUAAAAGUUGUUGUUUUUUUAAGUUGUAUUUUUUUUUUUUUUUUUUUAGAAGAUAAAUCUCAAAAUUCUCUGAAUAUUUUUCCUUUUAAAAAAUAUACACAGAAUUUGUAAAAGAAACAACAACUCUAAACACAAAUAUUCACCAUUAUGUGUUUUGUGUUAAAAGUUGUUGUUUUUUUAAGUUGUAUUUUUUUUUUUUUUUUUUAGAAGAUAAAUCUCAAAAUUCUCUGAAUAUAUUUCCUUUUACAAAAUAUACACAGAAUCAAGUCUUAGAUUAUAUAUAAAGACUAAACAAACUCAAAGAAAUUAAAGUUAUAAUAGAAUUUUUGUUUUUCAUGCAAUUUAAAAGUAUUGAAACAAUUUGAAAUUGUUCAUUAAUAAAUUUGGUCUCACAGAUCAGUCAAGCUCCACAUGGAUCUUGCCACCAACAUGCAGUACCAAGGAUGCAGACAGGGAUAUUACUAUGAGUAUGAGGUAUGCAUCAAUUCAAAUCAGAUCAGUUUUAAGUUUUUGUUUAGAUAGUAAGUGAUAUAAUUUAUGUUGAAAUAAAAUUCAGCAUAAGGUGUGAUGUUAAAAUAUCUUACAACCCUUUUUUUUUUUCAAAUGUCUUGAGGAUGCAUUAGUAAUGUUAAUUCAAAACUGUGGAAUUGCUUGUUAAGGUUGCAACAUUCUGUGUUGAUAGGUGGGCUUUGAUGACAAAGGAAAUAUCCUGGCCAUCAUUGCCACAGGUUAUAAUGAUGCAGGUUCGAGUUUCUUUGCUCUGGACGGAGAUGAACAAACACAGACUUGGGUGGACAAUGGUGAGACCUGAUGUGGGAUUUUUUUGUUAAAGGAAAACCUCCAGACUAGAUGAUUUAAAUACACUAAAUAUUUUUCAUUGGGAAAUGGCGUUGGCGGGCCAUCAAGCGUUAGCAUUUAAUGCCCUCCCUGAUCGAAUUUGGAGGACGUCCGGUUGACCGAAAGCACUGCAUUUAAAACGCCUGCAGCCGACGCUCCCAGGGAGUUGGGAUGGUGUAUUAAGGUCCUAAUAUCUUCCCCCACCCGUCCAGGGGAAGCAUCGGACAUCCUUUAAGAGGGGUGCUAAAGUGGGUUUCCUCCACGCAACUAGUUUGCGAAGUAGCUGGGGCGAAACGGUUGUCUAGAAGCAGCUUUCUCAGGGCUGUGUAUUUAGAAUCAUCAGCUAGAGGCUUCCACCUUAGCCUCUUGCCUCAUAUCCAUUAACUGCAACUUGUAAUCAUGAUCCCUACCCUGUCUCUGGCUUUACUUCCAACUGUAAAACAUCCCAGUUGGCAGCCCUGUAGGUGCUUUUCUUUUAUUGCGGCCGGUACCAUGCAUGUCCCUUAUUUGCCCACGCAGGACACGCUAUGGUGGUUUUGUUCCCCCUGGUAACACCGAGGGGGUCUGGUGGUUGGCACCUCUCAAUCUGCAAGCCACUGCAGGCUUGUCAAUUAGAGCCCUGGGGGAGGGGAAAUUAAAAAAUACAUAUAUAUAUGUGUUGUAUGAAAAGCUUUUGCUUAAGUAUUGUUGUACAAGACCAAGCUUCCAUAUAACCAGAGCUUGAAAAUAGGUCGUCAAGGGGACCUUGUGAAAUAAAAAGGGGGACCACUAAAACUUUUUUUUUCUUAUUUAGAAUCCUUUUCUUUUUCCUUCCUCCCCCCACUAGCUUUUUAUAUAAGGCUGCUGACUACAAAACUACCACACCAAUGACAGUAAUUGUUCACCAUCAAACCCACUAGGAAUUUUUAAAUGAUUUUUAUUCAGAUUUCCUCCAUUACAAAAGCAUUUUGACCUAGGACUGAAAUAUACCAAAGGAGACAUACAUUUUUAUGUUUCCCCAGCCUACCACAUCCCCAACUUGUCGUGGACGGUUCAGCCUUGCAAGACACACAGACCAGUGGCCACAGCAAUGAGAGCCCCAGGCACGGUCAAGUAUUGGUGUGAAUGAGUGUGGAAUAUGUAAAGGGGGGUGGGGUGAGGGGGCUGAGGCAGAGAUACACAAUAAAUCUUCACCCUGCUUGUUGACCCACAUAAUUUAGGUCUUUAAAUCUUGCUGUAUCUCAGUCUAAACCUCUCCAUUCAACUUUAUAUAAUGAUAAAUAAAAAAAAAAAACCUUCACUUCAGGAUCGGCCACAUCCAUGUUUUCAAUGGAGUCGAUCAUUGACCAUGUGGCAACUUACCUGAAAAAGGACCACCUGGAGGUUCGCAAGUUGAAUCUCUUUGAGAAAGGGCAGGUAAAUCAUCCUAGCUUUUUUAAAAAACUUUAUCUUACAACUCUGGUUAUAAAACUAUUAGUUCACACAAUCAAUAAUAAAAAAAAAAAAAAUCAUCCCAAUAUAAAAUGAUCUCCAAUAAAUCCUCUGAAAACUAAAGUUUAAAGGACAUGCCGUUAAACUAUAAAUUACAUAAUGUACUUUAAAGUUAAUGCUAUUUAACAAUAAAAACAGUAAGGUGUAAGCUUUUUAAAAAAUUUUAUAUCUUUUUUUUUUUUAAAGAGAAGGAGGGGGGGGGGGAGUGAGCAAUACCAAAUAAGGAUGGCACCAUUUUUGGUGUGUCAAAACAAAUAUAAAUUUUACUUUUCCCUUUUUUUGCCUUGGCAUCGGCACUAGUUAUUCCUCUAUUAUAACAUCAACUUUCACCCAUCAGGUGACCCUGUCCGGCAUGGUGUUGGAGCAGUGCCUCAUCAGAGACAUGGUUGCCCAGAUGGAGGCUGACAUUGUGUACUCACAGAGGAAGAAGGCUGUGGAUGAGUUCAAUCGAGUAAAUCAAGAUUUGAAUUGUGUCUUUCAGCUGUUCAUUCUUAUAGUUGACGUUGAACUAAGUUGUUUGGUUUUUUUAAUUGAAGAGAUGAGAUAAAAAAAAAUUCUGUGUCUAGAACUAGUUAACUUAAUGAACUGGUUAACUUAAUGAAUGGGUUAACUUAAUGAAUGGGUUAACUUAAUGAAUGGGUUAACUUAAUGAAAUGCAAUUGAUUCAUCUGUCAGGCAUUUAAUUUAUUCAUCACUCUAAUUUUAAUAAGUAAAAAUCAAAUAACUCCUACAGCCAAAUACAUUUUGUGAAAUUUCUGCCACCCCUCCCCCCAUCAUAUGUCAAGUAAUAUAAUUUGUCACAAUGAAUAUGUGAAUAUGUAAAAUGUAGAUAAAAAUGCUAUUUCAUGUGUGUUGAUUAUUUCAAAAUCUUUAAUGCUGAUUUCAUCAGAGUAAUUUUCAUAUAUUGUAAACGUAAUUUAAAAAGAUCUCAAAAGUAAUUACAUCUGAAUGACCUCUUUGGAUUAAAUAAAUGCAUUAGGAAAGGGUUUGGUUAACUAAAGUCAUACACGUUCAUUAAAUUCUUUGUUACAUCGCUUUAUGCAACACCCACAGAAAAAACGUGAAAAAUUUUAAAUAUAUGUUAUGAUAAUCAAUCUUUUUAUAAUGAAAUAUUUCUAUCUUUUUAUAUUAAAAAAUAUUUCUAGUCAAAUCGCUGGAAGAAGAGAGGCCUUCAUGUGAUGCCCAACAGGUAUGCCAUGACCUACACCUGGCUGUCCUUCAACACAAGCGUCAUCAUCUACCAUGCUGACGGCAGUGUCGUCAUAGCUCACGGGGCCAUUGACAUGGGACAAGGCAUUGACACAAAGGUAACUGGAAGAAACUGUUUCUUUUUUGCCAUCUAGGUUUACUAAGUCUUUUUGUGAGCUUUGUCAUGGAAAUAUCAGUUGCCUAUAACUAUUUUACGACCAUGAAGCUACAAGAUUUCAAUAUGGCUAAGAUGUCAACUAUCUAGCCUUGUAAAAUCUCAAAAUGGAACCAUGAAAUUAAAUUUCACAGGCCAACUUUAAAAAAAAAUGUUUUGGUGUCUUGAGAUUUAGUUCUUUUCCUAAAGUUAUUUGGGGCGCUGAUUCUAAAACUUUCGUCAAAUUUAUUGUAACAGCUCUAGUUUUUAAGAUUUGGUUUGAAUUUAUCUUUAAAAAUUAGUUUGCUGUAUAUAAGCCUUAUAAGGUAUCUUAAGCUGAAUCAGAAUAUCAUAAAAAACAUUUAAAUGGGAAAUGUAUGAAUUGAAAUUAUCGACAUUAUGUGUAUGUGUAAAGACAUUUAUCUAAUUCCAUUUUAUUAUUCACUCUGGCAUAUAAUGUUCACUAUCUUCUUCUAUCUUCAUGGAUAAUAAACCAGAGCUUUAUUUUUGAAGAAUCAGAAUGUCCAGAAAAUCUGUUCUUUUGAUAUAAAAUAAGCAAAAAUAACACUAUAUGUUAUGCUUCAUGGUUUACAAUGACAUGUGUUCAAUGUCUCAAAAACUAGUGGAGAUAGGGGUAAACUAAAUUUUUUUUCGAAUCAGUGGGUCAGAUAUUCCUAGUAAAACAAGUCUAACAUUUGAAGCACCAAAUUUUGUGUUGGCAAGUGUUUUCAAAUGACUUCUUUUAACUGAGUAAAAAAAAGAAAUGGAAUAAAGAUAAGCAAAAGCCUAGAACUCUUUUUGACUUGCAUUUUUUAAAAAAAUGUUAAAUCUUUUGAAUGUCAUCAAAGUCAAAUCUGCAACUUUCAUUCAAAUCAUUGGCUUGUUAUAAGGAAAGAAAAGAUUUGAUAUCUUUUUAAAAUAUUAAUUAGGCAGUCAAGGACUUUUCAUCUCAUAUUACAAAUUAUUCUUUGAAAUGCUUCAGGCCAUCCAGACGUGUGCCUACAAGCUGGGCAUUCCCACAGACAGAAUUAAAGUGGUUAAGAAAUCAACAACCAUCAAUGCCAACUCUCAUUUCACCGGAGGAUCGGUGUGUUCUGAGCUCAUCUGCCUGGUGAGACUCAAUUAUUUAUUAUUAUGCAGGCCCACUUUAAGGCAUACAGCACAUUGCUUUCUAUAUGUUUGCCAAAUAAUGAAAUGAAAUUUUUCUUUUUAAAUGGUCCUUCCUGUGAAAUCCUGUUUCAAGUUUUUAGAGCAAUACCAAUAAAAAAAGUAUAAAAAACAUACAAUUAAAAUAAACUAAAUUUCACUGCAGAGUGUAUGUGAAAAGAAGUUAACAAUUUAUUCACCACUGAAUAUGUAGCUGCCUAUUUAAAUGUUUCAUAAGUUAUUUUUUAUUUUUAGAUACACAGAUUAUAUAUAACAUUCUAUGAUUUUUACAUUGUAAAUGGCUGAAGCACUGACUUCAACUAUCAUCAGAUUUUUUUCUCAUUGGUGGAGUAGUUUUUUUUGUUUUUUUUACCUGUUUGUGACUCAAAUGAAUAAUGCCUCUUACAGUCAGUAUGAGCAAUACAAGCUAACUUCUAGGAUGAUAUUACUUUUAGGCGGUGAUCAAAAGCUGCGAGGUCCUGUUACAAAGACUGGCGCCAGUUAGAGAGAAACUGACGAAUCCUACAUGGGAGGAGCUGAUAGCCCAGGCUUAUGCUGGUGGGGUCAACCUGACGGCGCAGUACUGGUAGGUUUUCAAAGGCACGGUCGUGGUUUUAAGACAUUUGUUAAAAAUAAAGGAUGAUCCUAACGUUUGGGAUGAGUCUUGCAAAGGGUUUUAAGGUACUUAUGCAGCAUGAAGCUUUCAUGGGCUUUCUUACUAACAAGAUUUCUUUCAGCAAAUAAGGAAGAACAUCAAAACUUAUUUCAAGAAAUAAACACAGUAACAAACUGUCUUAACUUCUAAAUACGAUAACAUUAUUUUGUUGAUCCAAAUAAAUGGAAAUGUUUUUUGGCUACAUAAUCAUUUCAGCGUGUAAAUAAAUAUUCUUACUAAGGCGACAAUUUUAAAUCACCAAUUUUAAGUCACCAAUUACAAAUAACAAUUCAAAAAUUUUAAAUCCCCAACUUUAAUGUAAUUUAAUGUAGAUGUCUUGUGUUUAAAUGGUUUUAGUUGGAAAAUGUCGACUUUAUUAAAUAUGUAUUUAUUUAUGUGUUGAAAAUCUAUGUGAACAAUGCAAUCAAACAACAUGUAUGUGAGCAAUGCAAUCAAACAACAUUUAUUUGAACAAUGCAAUCAAACAACAUGUAUGUGAACAAUGCAAUCAAACAACAUGUAUGUGAACAAUGCAAUCAAACAACAUGUAUGUGAACAAUGCAAUCAAACAACAUGUAUGUGAACUAUGCAAUCAAACAACAUUUCCAUUUGUUUGGAUCACUAAAAUAAUCUUAUUGAUUCCAAAUCAAAAUGUGUAAAUCACAGUUUCAAAGCUCGUUCAUCUCUGAUAUGAUCACAUGAAUUGUCAUUAAAAUAUUCUGUAAUCAAACAAUGUCAGUUGCCGUUAGUCAACGCACAAAAGUCAGAAAUAUUAUUUUGCUCUAUAUCCUGAGAUGCUUCAGAUAAGAAAUUAACUAUUUAUUAUAUUUCAAGUUAAUGAAAUAGCUGGUCAUUAGACAUCCCCUGAAAACUAAGUUUUUUCAUGUGAAUCCUUUAUAAAAUGUAAUACCAAGUAAUUACGGAGGGGGGGUGGGCUGAAAUUUAAAAAAAAAAUGCAUAUAGGUAUCGCGUUUUAUAAGAGUGCUCCCCCCCCCCCAGGUUUGCGACUGCACAUUUUUUUCAUGCCCCUGAACCAUAUAAUAUGUACUAAUGACCCACCCACUUUUGAGCCACGGAUUUAUUUCAUCAACUAUUUCAGAAAAACAAAAAAAAUAUUACGCAACAAACGCACUUGAGAUAUUUUAAAAUAAUUUUUAAUCUAAUUUAGCGCAGUUAUCAGGAAUUUUAUUUCAUGGAAUCAGCGUCAUCAUAUUUUCUGCAUCUGCCCUUUGAAAAACAGGAAAAACUGUUUUUUGAGGGUAGGGGCUGACAAUUUGUAGAAUGUGUUGUCAUCGGCUAUGAGUUAAUAUGCCAAGUUAUAGCUCGGCAAUAAGUGGGUAAAUUAGCUGUCAGAAGAUUUCGACAGCCACAAAUAAAUUAGAAUUUAAUAUAAAAGAUUUUAAAAAUAUAAAUACUUAUGUUUACAGGCCGAACCCAACAGAUCAUGGAAUUCCAGCCUACAAUGCAUACAGUGUCAGCUGCAGUGAAGUGGAAUUGGAGGUCCUAACUGGCCAGUACCAGAUACGCCAGGUGGACUACCUGUAUGACUGUGGCAAAAGGUAACUGCCAUUUUUAUAAUUACUAAGUUCUGUAAAGCCAUAUGGCCCCAUAUGGAAUGACUUAUUCAUUUAUGGAAUGCUGUAUGUGUGAUUGUUUGUGUGUAUGUUUUUGUGUUUGUUUGUGUUUUGUUUUGUGUCUGUGUGUUUUUAUGGGGUGUAUGUGUGGUGGGGCAUUUGGUGUUGUGUGGGUGUGUGUAAGGGAGAAGGGAUUGGUGUCACACUAUAAGUAAGUGAAAGAUUUUUUCAAGAGAAUUUCAAGCUAAAAAUAUUAUUUUCCUCACGGUGAUUAACCCAGAAAGGAAGCAGUCAUGGUCCCCUGUUGUCCUUAAAAUGAUGGUCCAAUCAAAUACUUUCUAAAAUGAAAUAGAAAGGAACUAAUGUUAAAUGAUGGUUUAAAAAAUAUAAAGAAAAACACAUCUUCUACAAAAGCUAUUUUUAAAAGUAUUUUAAGAGAACAAAAGACAAACGUUUAAGCUACUCAUGCCAAUAUUUUUUUUUUUUUUUUUUUCUCAUUUUUUUUUUUUUUUUUUUUUUUUUUUUUUUUACUUGAACUUAUUCAGCUUGAAUCCAGAACUGGACAUUGGUCAGUUGGAAGGUGCAUUUAACAUGGGGUGUGGUCUGUUUUUGUUGGAAGGGAUGAAGUACGACAAUAAGACUGGGAGAGCACUCUCUGAUGGAACAUGGGUAAGUAAGGGAGAGAACUCUUUGAUGAACAUUUAUUAUUACAUGACGAUAACAGACCAAUUAGUAUCCUGUAUUUUUUAACUUUAUAAAAAAAAUAAACUAUAUUCAAAUGUUUGUGCAAGGGUAUUUUUCUGACCAUUUAUGUGGUGCCUACAUUUUAUAAAGUAAAUAUUUUACUGCAUUAUUCUUAACUAAAGCCUUUGUAUUAAAUAGAAAAAUCAGAACAAGAAUUGAUAUUAAAUCCAGUGUUCUUUUCUCCAAUAUUUUAUCUCUCUAUACAACAAAACAUUAAUAAUAUUUAUUUUGUAAUAGGCAUUGAAGAUAAAUUUUUAAAAAGCCAUUACUGUUCUAUCCAAUACAUGACAGCAUUACAAGCUUCCACUGUCCAAGGACCUGCCUAUCGUAUUCAACAUCAAGUUCUUGAGAAAUGCACCAAACCCAGUUGGUGUUUUGGGAUCAAAAGGCAAGUCAAUUUAUUGCUCAGGUCAACAAAUUGAAAGUUGUCGAUUAUUGAUUUUUGAAUCAUAGUUUGAUAGGCAUGUACAAGCAAAUUAUUGGCGAUAUAUUCUGACUUAAAUUUAAAAAAAAAACAACUCAAAUUCAUUGAUACUUGUAACAUUGAUAAUAAUUAUCUAGUAUAAAUAUACCUUCCAUGUAAAUAAAUAUUUUCAUCUUAGACAUAAAAUUUGUUUAUUUAAGUUGUAUUUGAAUUGAACAAUUUCAUAAAACAUUCCUAUUCUAAGUAUAUUGCACCCAAAAAUUCAUAGUAACUGUAAGUUCCAGGCUAUAUUAUGUUAUAUAUAAUAGCUCUUAGUCUAAACAACAGUAUGACCAUGGUAUUGAAAUGAUAUCUGUUAUCUCAGCUGUUGGGGAGACGCCUGUAGCCCAGGGGGCUUGUCCACUCUUUGCACUGAAACGAGCUGUGGAGGCUGCCAGGGCAGAGGUCGGAGUAGAAGGAUGGUUUCCCUUAUGUGAGUUUUCUUAGUGAAGUGCUGAAAAAAACCCAACUCAUUUUGUGUUAUAGAAUAAAUAAACUAGCGAUUAUAUCAAAAUUUAUCAGAACUUAAAAAGUUGAUGUUUCUGUUAUAAAAUAUGUACACUUUGUAACAAAUGUAAAAAAAAAUUUUUUUUAAUUUCUCAAGGACAAAAUUUUAAAGAAAAAAAAGUAAAAGAAAGAUGCCAUUGAAAAAUAAUUUUAAUUUAAUGAGAGAUGGGAAAAUAAAAGCUCAUAUAUGAUAAUAUAAGAUAAUAUAAGAUUCUUUACUGAUUCAAAUAAAUGGAAAUGUUUUCUUUUUUACUAUCAUAGGACAUAUUCAUUUUUUGCACAUUAAUAAAUACAUAUCUUUAACCAAGACAACAUUUUACCAUUAUAGCAAUUUAAACACAAGUCAUCUAUAUGGAAUAUAAAGCUUAAAAUAGUUUAGUAUUUUCAAGUUAAUGUAACUGGGAAUUCAUCAUGUUCACAGAUGCUCCAGCAACAGUAGAAAAGCUCCAGCAAGCCUGUCUCAACGAUGUCUCCCUCUUCACUUUUGGAGAGUAAAUGUUCACACAGACUUAUUUAAAUGAUGUCCCCCCUAUUCACUUUUGGAGAGUAAAUGUUCACACAAAAUUAUUUCAAUGAUGUAUCCCUCUUCACAUUUAAGAGUAAAUGUUCACACAGACUUAUUUCAACAAUGUCUCCCUCUUCAGUUUAGGGGAGUGAACUUUCACAACAUAGCCUUAUUUCAGUAAUGUCUCCCUAUUCAAAGUUUUUCACAUUAUAGGGCCUACAUUGCAACCAGUCUGUGGCACUUAAGUAUAACAAACAUUUUUAAAUAACAUGAAAGUGAUGCCUCUUGCCCUUGCUGUAACAUUCAGAACUGUUAACUUAAAAAAAAACAUUUUGUAAAAUAAAUGUAUAGCCAUUUUGUGAUACUCAGAUAAUUUUCUUGUAGGCCCAAAUGUUUAUAAGGAUAUUUAAACAGUUUUGCUGUACUGUAAAUUUGGAUUGUUGUAUGAAGCAUCCGGCUCAUGUUGAAGUUAAUUGGCUUAAAAGAAUAAAACCACAUGCUUUGUUGUCUUUCAUGUAUUUUUCAUAAGGCUGGGGCAUUUAAGGGUCAAUCCCUGACAGUAGUAUAGAGGUUUAGUACUAUGGCUCUGAUAAUACUUUAUAUUAUAUUUUAAUCAGAUUAAUUCUUUAAUUCUUCCUAUAUUUAAUUCUGCCCAUAUUUAAAUUAUUUUUGUAUUUUUAUGUGUAGCAUUUUAGCAUUUUCUUUCAAUAAAUUGGGUUAACUUUGAAGGGUAUUUUUUUUAAUUACUAUUUUAAAUUACAUUUCCAAUGAACAAAAACGUCUUUGAGAUUAUCACUUUAAAGUUGCCGAUUCCAUAAAGUUGUGGUGCCAUACCAGACAAUUUUAUUUCACGCCCCAGAUGCAAUGUUCCCUCAUAAGGUUUGCUGGUUGUGUGCAAAAAUCAUACAGUUGUGGACAAAGUUUAACAGCAUCACUUUUUUAGUGUGCAAAAUUUUACAGGCCACAAACAUAAACACGCACUACAUGGAAAUUUGCUGCGCGGAUACUCAAAACUGCUGCGCGGCGUCUGUGAGAUAGCUGCACGGCCGUGCAGCUUAAAGGGGACAUUGCCCUGAAGUAUAUCAAUAUUUUAAAGUACCGUUCCAUUUUAUACAUUAGAUUUAUAAUACCAUAUUUAAAUAGAGACAAUUUCCGUUUAAAAAAAUAUAUCUAUACUCACCAAAUGCACUUGUGUUAUUUUUAAGAAUCUCAUUUAGCGCAGUUUUCGGAAAUGUUAGUUUUCGGGCUAAUGAACUACCAUUACACCUUAAUUUUCUUUCAUACCUAGAGAAUUAUAUGUAUUGAUUUUAGAUAUACAAUAAUAUCUAUCCAAAAAUAAAUUAUAAUUAUGA